GCGCUCGUCUGACGUGCGUUUAAAAACGCGUGCAAAGUGCAUUUGUUUAAUGGAAGUACGAAAAUAAAUGUGCGACAAACAAAGUUUUUUCAUGAAUAAUCAUCAAAAAAAUAUGAAAACAAAAAAAAAAAUAUACAUAUAAUUGAAGCUUCGCUUGUGCAAUCCGGUCUUAAUUUGGCUAAUUGAUAUAUUCAGGACAAAGUGCCCGACUCCAGGCUAUAUAUAUAUAUAUAUUUGCCAAUGUAAAUAGCUGCAUUUUUCAGUCCUGAACGAAAUGCAAUUUGCCCUCCGGACGCGUGCGUGUGCAUGCUAACAACAAAAUUGAAAGUGUAAAAUUGUUUCAAACAUAACCAGCAAAAUAUUGUCGGGCCAACAAGCAAAAUCUGGCACUGAAUGUUUUUCUGUUUUAUGCCCACAUUAAUUUCGGUUUUAUUUAAAGUUUAUGCCUAUCAAUAACAUUUUGCAAUGCAAUAACAACAGCAACAGACCAAACAAAACAAAAAAUGCCUAAAUCAGAUUGGAAAACGCAUUGGCAAUGCAAAUUAUUAUUCACAAUAAUAUUGUUCAUGCUGCAACAAAACACAAGUGAUGCGCUGCUGCUCAAGUGUCCGCUGCAUCAGCUGCAGUUGCAGAAAAUUGUCGGAUUUCGACCGCCCAUCGAUUACCUUAGCGAACGGAAUUUGAUUUACGCGCCACCGAUCGCCAGCAAUUUCAAAGAUCGGGAUCGACGCAGCGACGACUACGGCCUGGACUACGCCGUGCGCGUGCCGGACGAGCAGCCGGCCAGCCAGCUCUGCUGGCGCAGUUGCAAUGAGGAUCCGGACUGCAUUGCCUAUGUGCAUCUGCUGGACACCAAUGAGUGCUACGGCUACUCAUAUUUUGAGCGCAACUCGCGCUACUUGCCCAUUACGGACGAGCUGCCCCUGGUGGCCGAUGCCGAGGCCAUGUUCUACGAGAAGAGCUGUUUGCGCGUGCCCGAUACGUGCAAAGGUCGCCUCUGGGCGCUGACUAAAAUUCCGGGCAACAGUCUGGUGUUUCAUGGUAAAAAGACCAUUUCGACGCUGGUCACGCGUCGUGAGUGCGCCGAAAGAUGUUUCUUCGAAUCCCAAUUCAAAUGCCUGUCCGCCUCGUUCGCCCCAUCGUAUCGGAACAAUCGUGAGCGGUUUCGCAAUGAGGAACACUCGCCGCAGGCCCAUGUCACUUUUGGCCGCUGCACGCUGAGCGACAAGGACAAAUCCAUACAACCGGAAGCCUUUCGGGCGGCGCCCUACGCAGAGGAGUACAUGGAGAACCAGUGCCACGAGCGACCCAUUCAAAGCGACAAUUGCUCGUACGAAUUGUACGCCAACAGCAGCUUCAUCUACGCGGAAGCCAAAUAUUUGGGCCUAACCCAGAAAGAGUGCCAGGCGCUUUGCACACACGAGUCCAAGUUCCACUGCCAGGGCAUCUCCUUCUAUUAUCUCAAUCAGCUGACACGCUCCGAGUGCCUGCUGCACUCCGAGGACAUCGUCUCGCUCGGCCCGCGCAGCCUCAAGCUCCGCGACAAUUCCGUUUACAUGCGACGCGUCAAAUGUCUAGAUGUGCAGGUCUUCUGCACCCGCGAUGAGAUGACCGUCCGGUACAAGCCGAAGGACUCGUUUACAGGCAAAAUGUACGCCAGCAUGCAUUCGAAGGAGUGCCAGGUGAGCGGAACUGGCAACGAGAGUUUGGUGCUGCGCCUGGAGAUUGGCAGCGAGGCGAAGGAGAACCGAUGCGGAGUUCUGCGCGCCUACGAAAUGACACAUUCCUAUCACAGAACCUUCAUAUCCGCCCUGGUGGUCAUACAAAACAAUGCGAAUGUGCAAACCCAAGGCGAUCGUCUCAUCAAGGUCGGCUGCAUCCUGAACAACGCGACGACCGCGCUUGGCUCAGAUGUGCGGGAUAGCAAUGCGGAUGCCACGGAGCAUGUGCCCAGUGCUAUUGCGUUGGAGUCCUCUCUGGAGUAUGCAGAACACAUGUUUCCGCAGGAGGGCGUGGUGCACUACAACAGCAGCACGGGGCCCCAUCCGCACCCGCAGAUCACACUUCAAAUAGUCGACCUCUCGCAGCAGCAUGAGACGAGUGACGUGCAGAUUGGCCAGAAUUUGGAGCUGCAAAUUGUGGCCGAGUACAGUAAGGAGCAGCUGGGCGAGCAUCUCGAACUGCAGUUGGCACCCUUGCCGGACUUUCGCGCCACCUCGCUGGUGGCCAAGUCACAGGAUAAUCAGAACUAUGUGCUGCUCAUAGACGAGCAGGGCUGUCCCACCGAUGCUAGCGUAUUUCCAGCGCUGGAGCGUGUACGCACGACUUCCCGCAGCAUGCUCCGCGCACGCUUCCAUGCUUUCAAAUUCUCAGGCACGGCCAAUGUUAACUUUGAUGUGAAAAUACGCUUUUGUGUGGAACGUUGUGCGCCCACAAAUUGUGUCCAUCUGUCCGGCGGCCUCUGGCAGCGACACAAGCGGCAAGCGGAGCAAGCAGAGCGCCAGCUGGAACAGCUCAGGAUACAGAAUCCAGUAUAUAUAUCAACUGUUAUGGAUGUGCUUCCGGCUGAAUUGAACAAUACAACUGCCUCAACGGCCAAUAUAAGCGCGCAAGUAGAGCUUCCUCUCAACUAUAAUCUUCGGGUACACGGACCGGAUCAAACAAAUAGCAAUAGCUACUUGUAUGGAGAGCGCGGGGUCCUGCUCAUAGCUGGCAUUGAUGAUCAGUUGCAUCUGGAUAACAUAUGCAUCAAUCAGAGUCUGCUGAUUGCGCUCUUCAUACUCUGGCUGAUAUGUCAGGUGGCACUGCUUUUCGGCUGCGGCAUGAUGCUGCAGCGUUACCGCCGCCUGGCGAAGCUGGAGGAGGAACGUCGACGCUUGCACGAGGAAUACCUGGAGGCUAGACGCGUACACUGGGCAGAUCAAGGCGGAUACACGCUCUAGUUGUCUUAAUUGAGUUUAAAAUAAUUUUAAUUGAAUAAAAUUAAGCGAAUCUUAUAGU